UCGCUGUGUCAGAAGCAACAACAGUCAUUCAGCUAAAGGAGCAAUGUCCUAGUCUCCAAGGCGCUGAUGCUUCCGCUGAACGAAUAUCCGUUGACAUUAUCACGAGCACCAAUUCAAAAGAUCACUACGAACUGCAGUUGGAACCAUUUCCAAAUGGCCUUUGUACCCUGACUAUUAUCUCGACUGAUCAAGAGAAUCCAUAUCUCAUUCCAGUCGCCAGAAGCUUUGAUGAUAGGCAAUGGCAACUUGCUGCAGGUCCGUUUGCAGCAUCGCUAGAUUUGGAUUGCCCCAGUGAUGCUAGCGCCUGUAAAAUCCUUCUGCCUCCCGUGAAGAAUGAGGAAAUCUACCGGCUGGCGUCGAAUACACAAUACACUGACAACCCACGAGCACAUUCCAUUCGAUUCUUGGAACGAGCAACAUUUGGUGCAACGGGUGAUCAGCCAGUCAUUGAAAAUUUUGAAGAGUAG